ACAUUAAAAACUUUUCCAAUCCAAAUGCAGUCUCAAUCAAUGUCAUUAUAGUGGAUUACAGAACUAUAUAACAAAUUCUAAUUGUUAUUGUAGUAACUUGUCUUACACAGAACUUAGAAUUACGUACCUUAAUUAACCAAGGAAAUCACCUUCGAAAGUCAACUUCACAGUAAUUGGCUGAAGACGACAUGUAUGCCAACUGUCUGCCAUGGUGGGUUUGUUAGCCUACAAGGAUACAAAGCUACCAACAUACACCGAUCGGUUGCUUGUAAUUGAUGUGAAACUGCUGAUUAAUUACCAAUUCCAACUUUUUCUUUCCCUCUUUCUUCUUUUCUCUACUGUCCCUCCUGUAUAAAUAUGCAUGCCAUCUUAGCUCUUAUCAUAACAACUUCUUAAAUCUUCUGACACUUCAAUUUUUUGUCUAUAGUUUUCUGUGUCUUGAAAGUAAAAGACACAAAAAACACACAAUCAAUGGUUCACUUCAUGAGCUUCCUCAUUGCCUUUUCUCUAAUUGCCGUCAGUGGCAAGGCUUCCAGUGGUUUCCUUUACCCGCAGUUUUAUGAUCACUCAUGUCCCAGAGCUCAAGCGAUGGUGAAGUCCGUUGUGGCCAAGGCUGUUGCAAAAGAAACCCGCAUGGCUGCUUCUUUGCUCAGGCUUCUUUUCCAUGACUGCUUCGUCAAGGGGUGUGAUGCAUCAUUAUUGUUGGAUAGCAGUGGCACCAUAACAAGUGAGAAAAGGUCCAAUCCUAACAGGAAUUCAGCCAGGGGAUUUGAAGUCCUUGAUGGAAUCAAAUCUGCUCUAGAGAAGGAAUGUCCUCAGACAGUAUCCUGUGCUGACAUUUUGGCUCUAGCUGCUAGAGAUUCUACUGUGUUGACUGGUGGACCUAGCUGGGAAGUUCCACUGGGAAGAAGAGACUCCAGAAGUGCAAGCUUGAGUGGCUCUAACAACAACAUUCCUCCUCCAAACAGCACAUUCCAAACACUUCUCACCAAGUUCAAGUUGCAAGGACUUGAUGUAGUCGAUCUUGUGGCCUUAUCUGGGAGUCAUACAAUUGGGGAUUCCCGUUGCACAAGUUUCAGGCAGAGACUGUACAACCAAUCAGGCAACGGGCAACCUGACAACACUCUUGAUCAAUCAUAUGCUGCACAAUUGAGACCCAGAUGCCCAAGGUCUGGUGGUGAUCAGAAUCUGUUUGUCUUGGACUUUGUUAGCCCAACGAAGUUUGAUAAUGCCUACUACAAAAACAUAUUAGCCUCAAAGGGUCUGUUGAACUCUGAUCAGGUCCUCUUAACUAAGAAUAAAGCAUCCAUGGAGUUAGUGAAUCUAUAUUUUUUUGGCGGCCAACUUAGCACCUGGCCUACCACUUAA